AUGGCCGAGCCCCGCCAGGAGUUCGACGUGAUGGAAGAUCAUGCCGAGACGUACGGGUUGGGGGACAGGAAAGAUCAGGGCGACUACACCCUGCUGCCAGACCAGGAGGGUGACACGGACCACGGCCUGAAAGAGUCUCCCCCGCAGACCCCCGCUGAUGACGGAUCUGAGGAACCCGGCUCUGAAACCUCUGAUGCUAAGAGCACUCCGACGGCCGAAGACGUGACAGCGCCCUUAGUGGAUGAGAGAGCCCCCGGCGAGCAGGCUGCCGCCCAGCCCCACACGGAGAUCCCAGAAGGAACCACAGCUGAAGAAGCAGGCAUUGGAGACACCCCCAACCUGGAAGACCAAGCUGCUGGACACGUGACCCAAGAACCCGAGAGCACCGAUGUCGUCCGGGAAAGUGUCCUCUGGGAGCCAGAGCGCCGCGGAGGAUACCAGCAGGUGUCCGCUGUGCCCAGGGCUCCGCCACUGCCUCAGGGCCCCAGAGAGGCCACCCACUGGCCUUCAGGGACAGGACCUGAGGACACAGAGGGGAGCCUCCGUGGCUCUGAGCUGCCAAAGCACCAGCUCGAGGGAGACCUGCACCAGAAGGGGCCGCUCCCGCAGGUGGCUGGGGGCAAAGAGAGGCCGUGGGGCGAGGAAGAGGAGGAUGAAGACCGAGAUGUGGACGAGUCCUCGCCCCAGGACUCCUCGCCCUCCCAGGCCUUCCCCACCCCUGCUGGGCCACCCUUCCAGACAGUCUCCAGAGGAGCCGCUGCUGUCUCGGGGUUCCCCGCUGAGGGUGCCAUGCCCCUCCCUGCCGACUUGCUCGCCAAAGUGUCUGCAGAGGCCCCAGCCUCGGAGCCCGGCAGGCCCGGUGCAGGGCCGACGGCAGAAGAGCAGGACUCGGCCCCCGAGUUCACGUUCCACGUGGAAAUCAAAGCCAACGUGCAGAAGGAGCAGGUGCGCUCGGAGCUGGAUUUGGAAAGGGCUGCGUUUCCAGGGGCCCCCGGAGAGGAGCUAGAGGCCCAGGGCCCCCCUUCGGGAGACGACACGAAAGAGGCUGACCUUCCAGAACCAUCUGAAAAACGGCCUGCUGCUGGCCUGCGGGGGAAGCCGGUCAGCCGGGUCCCUCAGCUCAAAGCUCGCAUGGUCAGUAAAGGCAAAGAUGGGACUGGAAGCGAUGACAAAAAAGCCAAGACAUCCACACCUUCCUCUGCUAAAACCCUGAAAAGUAGGCCUUGCCUUAGCCCCAAACGCCCCACUCCUGGUAGCUCAGACCCUCUGAUCCAACCCUCCAGCCCUGCCGUGUGCCCAGAGCCACCUUCUGCUCCUAAACACGUCUCUUCUGUCACUCCCCGAACUGGCGGUUCUGGAGCAAAGGAGAUGAAACUCAAGGGGGCUGAUGGUAAAACGAAGAUCUCCACACCCCGGGGAGCGGCCCCUCCGGGCCAGAAAGGGGCCAACGCCACCAGGAUUCCAGCAAAAACCCCGCCCGCCCCAAAGACACCGCCCGGCUCUGCUACGAAGCAAGUGCAGAGAAAACCACCCCCUGCAGGGGCAAAAUCUGCGCGAGGUGAACCUGCCAAAUCUGGGGACCGCAGCGGCUACAGCAGCCCCGGCUCCCCGGGCACUCCUGGCAGCCGCUCCCGCACCCCGUCCCUGCCGACACCGCCCACCCGGGAGCCCAAGAAGGUGGCAGUGGUCCGCACUCCACCCAAGUCACCGUCUUCCGCCAAGAGCCGCCUGCAGACGGCCCCCGUGCCCAUGCCGGACCUGAAGAACGUCAGGUCCAAGAUCGGCUCUACCGAAAACCUGAAGCACCAGCCAGGAGGCGGGAAGGUGCAGAUAAUUAAUAAGAAGCUGGAUCUUAGCAACGUCCAGUCCAAGUGUGGCUCAAAGGAUAAUAUCAAACACGUCCCAGGAGGUGGCAGUGUGCAAAUAGUCUACAAACCGGUUGACCUGAGCAAGGUGACUUCCAAGUGUGGCUCAUUAGGCAACAUCCACCAUAAACCAGGAGGUGGCCAGGUGGAAGUAAAAUCUGAGAAGCUGGACUUCAAGGAUCGAGUCCAGUCGAAGAUCGGGUCUCUGGAUAACAUCACCCACGUCCCCGGAGGAGGGAAUAAAAAGAUCGAAACCCACAAGCUGACCUUCCGCGAGAACGCCAAAGCCAAGACAGACCACGGGGCGGAAAUCGUGUACAAGUCGCCCGUGGUCUCCGGGGACACGUCUCCACGGCACCUCAGCAACGUCUCCUCCACGGGCAGCAUCAACAUGGUAGACUCGCCCCAGCUCGCCACGCUAGCCGACGAGGUGUCCGCCUCCCUGGCCAAGCAGGGUUUGUGAUCAGGCCCCCGGGGCGGUCAAUAAUCGUGGAGAGAAGAGAGAGUGAGAGAGUGUGGAAAAAAAAAGAAUAAUGUCCUGGCCCCUCGCCCUCUGCCCCCCAGCUGCUCCUCGCAGAUCGGUUAAUGGGUUAAUCACCUAACCUGCUUUUGUCGCUCGGCUUUGGCUCGGGACUUCAAAAUCAGUGAUGGGAGUAAGAGCAAAUUUCAUCUUUCCAAAUUGAUGGGUGGGCUAAUAAUAAAAUAUUUAUUAAAAAAAGAAACCACUCAAAAAAACAUGGCCACACCCAA